CCCAUUCUCUACAGGUCGCAUCCCACGAUUCCUCUUUCCAUAUGCUGCUACGUUGACAGCACAGCACACAGCAAGAUUUGGCACCAAUUUAAGUAGCCGCAGCAGCCGUUGGGAAUCUCGUAGAUUCCAGCGGAGGGUAAUCGGGAGAGGGAAAAGGCGAAGGAAGAUGGUGAAGAAGACGGAGAGAGCGAAGCAGAAGGCGGCGGUGGAUAUUGUGGUGAACAGAGGAGCUUGGACCGCUGAGGAAGACCAGAAGCUGGUGGACUACGUUAGAGACCACGGUGACAAGAACUGGCGAACCCUCCCCGCCAAAGCUGGGCUGAAUAGGUGUGGUAAGAGCUGCAGGUUGAGAUGGCUGAACUAUCUGAGGCCAGGAAUCAAAAGAGGGAACAUAUCGGAUGAGGAAGAAGACCUCAUCAUUCGACUCCACAACCUGCUUGGCAACAGGUGGUCGCUCAUCGCCGGGAGAUUGCCGGGGAGAACAGACAACGAGAUAAAGAAUCACUGGAAUACUCACUUGAGCAGAAGGCCAGUGACCAUCGACGACCUCAACCUCAAGCUGAAUCAACAGGUGGAGAGAACGUGUGAGCGUGGGCCUUUGGUGUCUCCUGUGGCGUCGAGCCGUGACCUCACCACGCUGGUGGACCAUGUGGAGGAUGAGUGGGUCCUGGAUGGGACGGCGGAGCUGCUGCACCAGUCGGAGCUGGACAUGGAUCAGCUGUUCGCUCUGAUGCCCGAUCCUGAUGGCGGUGCGAGCAACGGUAGCGAGUUUGGGGCAGAGGCGGAUGGCAGCGGAGGGGAAGAAGGGUACCGAGAUAUAAACGAGGGUGAGAUUUCUGGAGCCAAAACCGAGGGGUGUUCGGAUGCGCAGGCUGGGUGGGACGUGGACUUGGAGAGGUUCAUGGGCUACGACGACGAUCUUGCAUUCUAUUUUCUCGACUAAACUUCGUGGGUAUUAUUGCUUCUUUACAGUAGUCGGAAGAGCUUCUUGUGAUGUCUUCAUUGUUCACCGUGAUGUUGUAUUUGUUCUUUUAGCAACGAGAAGAAGGCUGAUGGAAUUCGUUUG